UGUGCCCACAUCUCCCCCCAGUAUUGCCUACCCUUCCACGACCAUAAUGCUCCGGGUUUUUAGACUUUCUAUUCGAACUCAGUCCCAGAGAAUCUUGAGUUCCUGACAUUACAUUUUUACCUCGCAAACUUUUCAGUUAUGAUAGCUCACAGUUUACGAGCGCAGUCGUCGGAACAACGUUAUGGUAGAAUACCUCUCGGACCCAGUUGAUAGGCAGGAGAGUUGUGGACGGAGGAACCAUUUCAGCUCCACUUCUUCCGAGCUGCGGCGUUUUCCCCCGACCUCACCAUGCAGUGCCGCAUUGAGCAUGCCGUGGGUAGGCAAGAAUUUGAGUCGAAAUUAGGAUUCCUCUCUUCCCAAGUUAUUCAGCACCGUGUGCGGGACCUCAGGGUUUCUCCUGUAACCUCUGGAUUCCGAGCCUUCACGCACAAGAGGUUUGGUUGCCGAUGGGUUCAAAGCAACGGAAGCACUCACACAAAAGAGUCCAAUGUAUCGAUUAGCAACACGAAGGUGGAGAGACUUAGGAAUUGGCUAAAAAAAUUGAAUCACGACGAUUGCAACCUCAAAUUGGAGCGGUGUCCUCAGGGAGGCUCAGGGUCUGGCUAUGGAGCUUUCGCAGGUCCAGGCGGUGUUGGGAAUGGCAGUACAAUUGUCAAGGUGCCGAGGAAAGCUUUGAUGACUGAAGAGACAGCAAGGCUAUGUCAGGACGUCGGACCACUGGUAAAGAAGAGUGACUUAACGCCAUGGCAGGCCAUGUGCUUACAUUUGCUCUACGAGCGGGCUCGCGGUGAAACGAGUUUCUGGUACCCUUAUAUUGCAGUUCUUCCUAAAGAGCUUGAACUUAUUGGUAUACAUCCAAUGCUUUGGUCGCAGAAAAUGAGGCGGGAGUGGCUGGAGGGCUCCCCCAUGUUGGACGUCACAGAGAGGAGGCUGGCCAUCUGCAGGGAGGACUAUGAAGCCAUGCUUCUGGCAGGGGCGGGAAGGUUGACUCCAAGGGGAAAUGAGGGCGAGCCAAUAUCCAUCACAGAGACAGCGGUUCAAUGGGCAGCCACCAUGUUGCUGAGUCGGUCUUUUUCUCUGAAUCUUCAAACUCAGAAAUUGCGGCCAGGAAGUUUUGCAGAGGAUACAAUUGCACUGGUCCCGUGGGCAGAUAUGCUGAACCACAGUAGCUCAGCUGGAAGGGAGUCAUGCCUGGUAUACGACCAAAAAUCAGGUGUGGCUACUCUACAGGCUCAUCGUACAUACUCAGAAGGCGAGCAAGUUUUCGAUUCUUACGGACCCAGUUGUUCACCUUCGAGGCUACUUCUUGACUACGGUUUUGUUGAUGAAGAGAAUACGAAUCACUCCGUGGAUUUGCCGGCGUCCGUAUUAGGGCCUGUAAAUAGCAAAGCAAACGAGUUGUUGCUGGAGGCAAUGGGGCUUCCUUUAGAUGGAGCAAUCUUCUCUUUGACCUCUGCUGGGGUCGACGAGAGCGUGAUGGCAUGGACAAGGGUUGCAGUUGCCACAAGACAGGAGCUCUACGAUGCAGGCUGGAAAGAAGGUAUCCGGGAAAGAGCAGCAGGGUAUCCUAGUGCAGCCACAGUGAUGUUCCGAUUCUCAACUCCCAUUAAUCGUGAUAAUGAAAGUGAGGUAUUGCGAAGAUUAUUGUCGACUUGUGAGUUCCUGUUGCAAAAGUAUCCAACCACGUAUGAGCAGGACAUGGAUAUGUUGGCAAGGCCAGGCCUGACAUUGCCGUGGGGAAGAAAGCAGGCCUUGAGAGCCCUCAUUUCAGAGAAAUUAGCCUUACGAGAUUCACAGCAAACGUUUAAGAGGAUUCUGACCAAGCUGCGUUCAGGAGCUUCACUAGACUCUCUGUAUCGGUAAACUCAGUCCUAAGCUAUUGCUUUCCAUUCUCUGGUCUCAAUUAAUGAAUGCAGAGCUAGAUUUCUUUUUAAGCUUUGAGGGAUACAUUAGUGAAGUGGAUGAGGUGUCUGUCUAUUGGUGGCAUUGGGCUGGACAAGAGAGUAAUAUGAAUGUCAUACCCCACAAUCUUCCAGAAGUUACACUUUUCUCAAUGCUCCUUGUGUUACCAAACGGCAUCAAAAAAUGUGAAAACUUGUGUUUGAUAACGUCAUGGAGCAUAGAUACAACUAUGCUGCUCAUGUGAAAAGUGUUGAUUCAUAUUUA